UAUAAGUUUAUUGAUGUAAAAGAACAUGUAAGAUAGAUUAAAAAUAGUAUGAAAAAAUAUAUAAACAUUGUUUAGUUUUGCAAAAAAAACUUACAAUCAGAAUGUGGAAGUUAAUUAAAAGUUUGAGAUUUCUUUUCACUAAAAAUUACUUAAAAAUUGCCCACUUUAACAAAUUCGAGUUUAGGCAAUUAAAAAUGCAAAAGCAUAGCUUGGCAGGAUUAAAGAAAGAUCUUUCUAAGGCUUGGAUAAAUAUCUUAAGAAAAUAAUUAUAGUAUAAAAAGUUAUGCAGGAAUAUGGAAUAAAAAAAAACUACAAUCAAAUCAAUAUUCAAUAUAUUAUUCAAAGAAAUUAAACAGACUAAUUUUAUUAUUGAAUUAUCGUAUAUAAUUAUUAUACAAAUUAUUUACAUUUAAAAUGGCUUUUACUUUUGGCUCUGUAAGUUAUUUUCUCAAUAAAUCAAGCAAUAUUGAGAUCGACUUUAAUUAAUAUUGUGGUAUGGUAAUAUCAAUAAAUAGAAAAGCAAGAAUUAUAAAAUAUGGUAACAGAAUGUACAAAAUUUUUUGUAAGGAAGGCAAACAUCUAACCUUAAACUGCAUUUUAAGAAUUGUAUAAAUAUUAAAUAAUAUCAGUGUUUAAUGUUACUUUAAAGGUGAAACAGUAUUGCUAAGACCUUACCAAUAAAUUUGUAAUUCAAAAAUGAAUCGUAUAGUCUUUGUGAUAAAUUUUAAUAAAGUAUGUUGUCAAAUUGAAGAAAACCUAGAUUUUUGAAAGUUUUGAAGAUAAAUCAGGAUUUGAUUAUUACUAAUUAACCAAAUUACUAUGCUCAGAUUUUCCAAGAGAAAUAGUAGUUAAUUCACUGCUGUUGUAUGCAAAUCUCGAUGAAGUAAUAAUUAAAGAAAAAUAAGGAUAUACUUUUCAAGAAAACUUUCACUUUGUUACAAUUUUGUAAAGCCCUGCUUUUUGAAUUAUUAUUUGAAAAUCUCCUAUAAGAGCUGAGUUAAAAAUUGAAUAGUAAUGGAAUUAUUGAUAGUAUAUUACCAAUUUUAAAGAAAUACUAUCCAAGCAAUGAUGAAUAUUUAUAUUUACCUAAUCCAGCAGCUGUUUUUGAGUGUUUGAUGAAAUUUAGUAAUGAAAAAAAUAAAGCAUGUUUACAUCCUAUUUUACCAUUUACAGUGGAAAUGUUUUCUUGUAUUAGUAUAUUUUAAAGUUUAAGCUUUGUAUUUGAAUGGAGGAGUGUUGGAAUUUAAUAGUUUUAAAUAACAAUUGUUUAAAAAUGCAAAAGUUGAUUUUCAACUAACAAAAUUAAUUAAUUUGAUUGAAAAUUCGAAUUAAAGAAUAUUGGAUAGUUAGAGAUUAGAUGAAGAUGAAAUUAAAAAGAAAAAACAAAAGUGA